AACAAAGUUGACUUUGCAUAUCAAGCUAUAUUGAAACCAGAGUGUUUUCCAAGAAGUCUCGAAUAUCGUUACUUUCACCUGUACAAAUAUAAAAGUGAAAAACUGCUUUUGUUUUCAGUGAAAAAUUGAAAUUUUGAGUUAUUUGAAUUAUUUAAAUGAACUAAAAGGUAUAUUUUUCAUUAUAUAACUCACAGUACUUUUCAUUCUAUAGCAGCAUUGACUCAUAAAGCUCAUUCGGUUAACUACAGAGAAUACAAUUAUUCUAAUAUUUGCACAAUAUAUUCAACUACCUUUUCAUCCUUGAAGUACUAUUUCACCUUUUCGAAAGAAAUCUUUGUGAAUCACAUAAAUUAAGUAAUACGAUUGUACUCAUAGAUUUUUCACAAGUUUUGUCUUCAUUAAAUCAAUAUUCAAUAGUCCUAAACCGAAUAUGGACCCUAACAAUUUAAACCCACAAGAAGUGGAACUAAGAGAGCAGGACAGAUGGUUGCCCAUCGCCAAUGUAGCUCGACUCAUGAAGAACACCUUGCCUACUACCGCCAAAGUAUCCAAGGAUGCCAAAGAGUGUAUGCAAGAAUGUGUCUCUGAGUUCAUUUCCUUCAUAACCAGUGAAGCCAGCGAUAAGUGUUUGAGAGAAAAACGAAAGACAAUUAAUGGAGAAGAUAUCUUGUACUCGAUGCACGACUUGGGGUUUGAAAACUACGCCGAAGUGUUGAAGAUCUACUUGGCCAAACAAACUAUGCUAUUAUAUUUUUUCUCUGCAAAUAGGGCAGCUUCUUGA